GUUUGAGCGGAUGACGUCAAACCCCGCCGUUGUCGAGACACAAAGCGGCCGCUUGCUGUGGUGGUUGCGUCUUGUCUCGCCGCCUUCGCCCGCGAUGAUGAAGCACGGCGCCCGCUGAACCCCCGUCACGUCGUGGAGCCGAGCCGCUACUGCUGCUGCUACUGCUGCUGCUGAAGGAGGAGGAGGAGGCGGCAUCUCAUUCGUACAAAACAAAUGGCGGCAAACAAAGCCAAGGGGCAGAAUGCGGCCCUGCACAAGGUGAUCAUGGUGGGGAGCGGUGGUGUCGGCAAGUCGGCGCUCACCCUGCAGUUCAUGUAUGACGAGUUUGUGGAGGAUUACGAGCCCACCAAGGCUGACAGCUACCGCAAGAAGGUGGUGCUUGAUGGUGAGGAGGUGCAGAUCGACAUCCUGGACACGGCCGGGCAGGAGGACUACGCCGCCAUCCGAGACAACUACUUCCGCAGCGGCGAGGGAUUUUUGUGCGUCUUCUCCAUCUGUGAGCACGAAUCGUUCGCCGCCACCGUUGAGUUCAGGGAGCAGAUCUUGCGCGUGAAGGAGGACGACAGUGUGCCGUUCCUGCUCGUGGGGAACAAGUCGGACCUGGAGGAGCGACGGCAGGUGUCGUCCGAGGAGGCGCGGGCACGCGCCGAGCAGUGGCGGGUUAGCUACGUCGAGACCUCGGCUAAAACCCGUGCCAACGUCGACAAGGUGUUUUUUGAUCUCAUGCGGGACGUUCGGAAGAGGAAGAUGGACGAGGGGAAGGACAAAAGCGGCAAAGUGAAGCCGAACAAGAGCCUGCUGCAGAGACUGCGAGAGCGGUGCUGCUUGCUGUGAGAAUCCGCAUCGCUGUCGGCCUGACCUUCAAAAGGACGAUUCCAACUAGAAACACGUAGCUCUUAUCUUGUAGAUACCUACUUUGGGUGUGUGUGUGUGUGCUGGGUUUUGCUGAAAUUAGUUUGAUGCUUCAUUCAUGUUUUCAAGUGACUUUCAGAGCUCGCUUAGCAGUCGAGUGAUAUCACCGUUGUAUGACUGCUGUACUCUAUAGUGUCGCUGCAGUGACGUCAACAAAGCACUAUGGUGGCACACUUGAAAGUCAUUUUAAAACUCUUUUUCGCAUUAAUGAAGUUUCAAAUUUUUCUCAGUCAGCCCAGGACAUGCAGUGAAGGUACAAGUGUAUGACAUAAGAGCUAUUCAACUCGUUGGUUUUAUUGUGUUGCAUUUUUCUAUGAACCAUAACCAUGGCCCAUUUCACCAUAUCCCAGCCUCUUCAACCAUGCUCUCAAUGUUUAUCAUUCAUACCCUAAUGAUAACUACUUUAAAUCCACCUCGCCUAGCAAUGCAUACAUUCCAUUGGAGUUAACUAUCCUGGCUGGGAAUCUCACCGACCCUUCUUGGCAAGCCGCGUAAAUAUCAUCUGCAAUUGAUCUCUGUUCUAAUGUCUGCCGAAGCACUCGGUGAGACGCUGACACGAUUGCACAUGAAACCACAUCCUGGCAUAGCUGAGUCCCUCAUUCCAUUCAAGUUACAUUUGUUUAUUAUGAAUAUGCGAUUUUUCUUUUCACAUCACGUAAGGAAUACAAACUGGAAAACAAAUUGGCAAUACACGCUGCAAGCAGAAAUGCACAAACAAAAAUGUGGCUUUUGAAUGCGCCAAUGUUUAUGUAUAGCAGGUUCAUUAUGGUGUGUUCAUGUGACUCUAAGAGCUUAUGGUUGUCUAUUGAGGAGAGGAACAGGUAGCACAUUCCUGCAGUGGCCUCGUCGGCAGCAAAUUGCAUUAAUAGCCUGAUGUAGGUGUAGAGGUGAUAUUUGGGAUUGUGAAAGUGUUCCAAUCCAGAAGGCCUUGUCUCGCCAAUAAUCAAAAGAUCCCCACCACUGAGAUUGGUGGGUUAAGCUUGAGAUUUUUAAAAAGCAAUUCAAGUGGCUUUGAGGAAGUUGUGCAAUGUUUCGGUUGCUCAGCACACCCGGCAAAAUUCGUACUGAGAAAAAUAUCAUUACAGUAAUGCCUUCACAAUGUGAAAUCGCUUCCAAGUUGCUUCAUAUCGCUUGUGAGUGAAUCAUGUAGCCCCGUCAAGGGAACAUCUUUAUGCAUGGAUAUUGAUGUCAUUCUGACCAUAGGAAGCAGCACAUCCAUCUACAGUGCUUUGUGCUGCGUAGGUGCUCUUGUGAUGUUUCUCGUGUAAAAAAGAAAUGGAAAAAUCGCCUGUUGAAAAUGGUCACAAGAAGUGUUCACUGUUUUGUAUUUGUGGGAAGAAGGUAAUUUGCCUUUACUGGAAAGUGGUCUUUUGUAAAAUGCACACCUUGCCUUUUCAUGUUUGUGGGCUCACUCACCUUCAGCCCAAGCAGGCGUGUGACUUGCCUGCUAGUUCAGAAUCUUUAUUUAGAAUCUUUAUUUAGACUGGAAGAAUUCGAUGAGCUAUGAAGCUCUUCUUCAUCAUAUAUACACAAUAUUUAACACCGCGUUGGAUUUUAGAUUCCUUUUUUUUUUUGUUCAUGAACAUACUGUUUAUAAUGCUUUUUCUUCGUGAUUAGUUUUGUGGAUUGAGAGUGAAUAUUUUGGAGCAUUUCUUCAGCAUGUCCAGUCAAUGAACUUCACAGCCCGGUGUGGUGACAAACACUUGAGUCUGGAGACUGCUCGUGCUGUCAAAUGUCCAAAGGACAUUUUAAACGUUUCCCAAACAGUUGACCAAGUUGGUUAAACGGAGCGUGUUAACACUUUGCAAAGUCUUGUGUGCUAGAGUGCCGUUUUGAAUGUUGUUUAAGACCAUCUCUGCAACAGGAAUUGCACUUGUUGAGACUUGUGCAAAUAACUAUGCUUGUGCUUUAUAGUAAUCGUAUGAUAGAAUUAACACAAAUGUGCAAAACAUAAUUAUGCGUGGGUUGUUUUGUGUCAAUCUGUAAUAAGGGGUAUUCCUUGUUGCAUAUCGGAUGACAGUCAAGUCAAAUUGUGUGCUGGAAAGAGCGUGGGACGCUGCUUGUGUCUGUUGCUGACCCCUGAGUUAAUGGUAUAAAUUUGACAUUCUCAUGGUGGAAGAUAGUCUCUAUAGGGCAACCACUGUUGAUUCACAAAGUAGGACUGUACCGUUUUGAUUAACCAAGGAGGGAUGGCACGUUACGUUGACCCUUGAGCAGGAUUUUAAUUCAACGUUUCCGGUUCAGAGUCGAGCCUUCUGUAACUGGGCUUACCUGACAAGAUUGCAACCAAAAUUGUGAACCUGUGGCCAGAUGCUGGUGGUUAGUUUUGAGCACACAUUUACAUGGGUAGCCAGAGGAAGCCGUCUUCUCAUCUCAUUUGUCUAAUUCACUGUAUUAUUGACUAGAAUUAUUGUACAGUGUUUUAACAAUUUCGUUUACCAGUUUAUUUGGGGAGGGGGGGGGGGAAUAAAUAAUUUACAUCUGAGCAGUUUUGUGUUGAUUCAUUACCUUUAAGCUAGGUUACGCAGGAAACAUGAAUAACAAGUUGAACCUUUACAUUUCUCACCUUGAUAAAUCUGUACUCACAGUGUUAAUGGUGCUUGUUAAAAAGCAAAUGAUAAUAUAAUUUUCAAAAUAAUGUCAGGUGGACGAACGAUAUUACUCUGCAUUGCUGGGCAUUUAGAUCAAGAGAUCAUCCUGCUAAAUAUCGCUGAAUAUCACAACUCGGCAGUAUUCUGUUAGGACUAUUGAGACAAUCUUAAUUUGAAGCUUUCGUGACUGCAGGAAUCCAUACUCUUUGGUCCUUUCGGUAAAGUCACGUAGCUAUUGAGACAAUCCCAUUUCGAGUGUUUAUUCCAUAUGAUAGAAAACUUACACACCCUGAAAAAAACAGUAGGAUAACGAGUCCACAAAUUGGGUUACCAGCCGAGGAGAUGGUUACCAAACCAUUUUCUGUACUCCAUUCCAUAAUGUGCCAACAUGGAAUAUUUGGAGCACUGAAGUAUGAUCAGGCAUCCAUGGGAGUGCAAGUGUCAAUUCCAUUCAAACUGGAUCCGUGGCAAAAGCAAAUGGUUUAGUUUUAAUUAGAUGUCUUCUUUGCCGUGUAAAUCUGUCAUACCUGCAGAUUAAUUUAAUCUCCCCUUGGAUGCUUGCAUUAUUUUUCAUCGUGCAUCCCUUCUGCCCAAGCUUACUGUUCGUGACAGUUUUUACGAUUAACCUGCAUAUCUGCUCGAAUCCGUGUUCCUUUUGCUGUCGCAAUGUAACUAAUAGCAGCCCUAGGUCCACACACUCUGCUGUCAUUUCCAGUCGUGUCUCUCUGACCAAUAUCUCCAAUUAUAAAGGGAAUUUGUAAAUGA